AUGGUUAAGUCGGCGAAAGAGGUACUAACUCUUGUUCGCUCCAUUUUAACCAGUGACGUUGUCCUCUUAGUUUUGACUUUGACGGCGUCUGAGUCAAGUUGGUUCGCUGUCCUACAGGUUGGUAGGCUGUCAUAUUUAGUUGUCAAUCACACUCUCUUUUGGAGCUGCACACAGUGUGCACAUCUUCGAAUUGUAAUCACGUAUGGGACAAAAUCCGGCAGAGAGCUAUCAUUCUACUUAAUACGCUAGUGGUCGAACUUCCUUCUCCUCCGCUUCCGAAUUUACUUUUCAUAGGCCUCCAAGCUGAAGAAACUCAACUUUGCCUACAACGGUCUUGGUCCCAUAAAUGGUUGCAAGGAGUUAACCAUUGGAAUCAAAUCCAAUUUAAUACUCGAAGAGCUGGAUCUAAGGUAUGCGUUUUUUUUUCUGGGCGAAGCCAACCGCCAUAAACCCAGAAACUAUUUUGAUUGCAUCAAGUAAAUUAGGCCAUGAAGCUAUCAGGGUUUGUGAGUGUGAUCCCAGAAAGACGAUUGGCUUGUUACUAACCUGUAACUAGCGCAUGUAUGGUUGUUGCUUAUUUCGCUUCAGUAGGCUGAAUUAACUAGGCUCACCGUCUUGAGGGUUUUGAGUCUGAACAACUGCACGCUAACAUCCCAAUUAUACAUGCACCCAAUGUUAGGUGUGUCGUUUCAACCAGCGGCUUCCUGUUGGCUGACGUCCACAUACCCUUAACAGUACAGUUCAUACCAACCUUCAGUCGUAUCAGCGGCUUUGAGGCAUGCCAUACACUGGCCAAACGAUUGUGGGUCGACACGCUAUCCGGUGACUUUACUACCUUCCCACGUUCGGAGUGGCCUACUUACUAACCUGUACUUAUAUCGGUGGUUUUGGCAUUUGACAUGUAGUGGAGGACUGAUUUCUGAUCGCCGUGCUUUCAUUCCUAUUGCCACCUUCCCAUGUUUGUGGUGUUGCUCUUAGUAACUUAUGGUCAUAUUAGCAGCAUUCACCGAGAGAGUUCCAAUAAAUGCAUGAUCAUAUCGGUAGUUAAGGUCCUUGUCGUCUCUCUUUGUGGCAAAUUGUAGUACUGCUUACUCGAGCGUGCCAGUCCCGCGGUUAUUUGUUGAGAAAAACUGCUCAGUUGUGUGCUGGCAGAUUUAAACAAUUUAGCUGAAUACUAAAUUUUGAAAAUCUCAGCAGCGUAGCUCAGCCGGCUAGUAUUGGCUAUACUCAAGACCUGCCCUUGUUUUCGUUGGUUCGAGUCCCAUCGAGGCCGCUGACAUUUCGAUAACUGAAUAUUAAGUCAAGAAGAGUCGGUUGCUUAAACAGAGUAUAUCUAAUUGGUGUGGAGUUUGGGAACUAGAAUACGGCCACCAAUCUGGUCGAUUUGCUUUAUAAGCCGCAAGCACUCACGUUGGGGAGCUUAAAAACCACUGAAACACGAAAUUUGCGCUUUUGUGAGAUUUGAGUGACUGACCUCCGCCAUUUUAGCCCUCCUCCCCCCCAAAAAAUAACUUUAUAUCCACCAUUUUAAUAUUACAAAUGACGUAGAGGACAUUCGUAGGGGAGGAGGCCGCAAUAAGCCAGUCUAGUCCAAAAACAUGGGUUCCAUAUUCAUCCUUUCCCCAAUUGGCCGCGUAUGUUGUCUCACAUUCAAACGUCUCCCUAUCCUCCUCCAGUCAUAAUCUGUUCGGCCAAAAGCGAGCAUCUUACUCGUUAUUCUGCAAGGUACAGCGCAUGCCGUAAACAACCGCAUCAUAAGAAUUAGCCUAUUUUGAGCUCAAGCCCUCUCGCGAAAAGUCAUAGUAAAAACGAAAGGAAGUGUGCUACGUGAUGACAUUUAAUCAUCUUGUCAUCCCAAGCAUGGACUGUAUUUUAUAAGCCCUAACGUAAGGGUUGGAAGGAAGGGGAAAUCUUAAUCGAAACUAUAGAGGCAAUAAGUGUGUGAGUUUUAUAUGCGAUCUGGGUUCUCUAAAGGCAUAUGGGUCGCUCGGAAUCAGAGACUGAUGAGUCCACUGUGGAGCCAGUUUUACUAGAAGGGGAGCGGCGGAAGUCACUGUUGUGUGGGUUAUUUUGUAUCCGCGUGCUCUCGUGGGCCCGUACUGUUCGUUACUUUGUGGCUACUGGGGAACUCACAGAUGGCUGACGGGUUGACCGUUCCACGGGGUGAGGAUCGCGCGCGGCCCCCAUCGAAGGUUGUCCAUUUCAGUUCCGUUUAUUUGAGGAAACUGUAGAUGUUUCACCUUUGAAUUCCCUAUUCGAAACAAGCAACGGGAGUAUAUUAAAAAGUUGGAAACGGAAACAUCAAACAGCUACAAAAGAUUUGGCGAAACUGUACAGAUAAACGAUUUAUUCCGAGUCUUGGAAACAGUGGCACUACUAAGUACGUCGCACAGUAGUUAGUCUAUGCAUAAUUGUGCUACAGAAAAAGUAGUACGAUUUCAAUUAUCUACAGGUGCCAAGGUGAAUGCCAGCAUGUGCUUUCAGUAAGUUUGGCAUUACAAUAAAAUGAAUAAAACAAAAACGUUACUGAAAUAUAAGCAGUAAUAAAUUGUUAACACAGAACGUCAAAAUGGUAUCCGUCAGGUGGCAUUAUGGUGUAAUGGUAAACUGUUCAAGCUUCCGUUUAAAAACCUCGACGGAUGUGGACAUAACGAUAUCUGCAGCCAGACCAUUCCAAACUUCAACCACGCUGUUGAAGAAGAAGAAGAAGAAGAAGAACUUCCGUGUGUCCAGCCUGGCGUCAGUCACACAUAUGCGGUUUGAAUGGAUGACCUCGCAGUUUCUUUGUGGUUGCUAACUUCUAGAAGUCUCCGGGUACAAGACAGCAGUCCUAACCGCGCAUGAUGUUAAUGUUUGUAUUAGGUCGCCUCUUGGCUGUCUAUAACUCGAAGGAAUAGCGGACUCGUACUGUGGCCGCACAAACAUUCAAAAGGCUUUGGAGGGCAGUAUUAAUCGGAGAUUAAGAAGGCCCGCUUGACAUAGUACAGGGCUGACAUCGCGGACUUGACUGCUUUUGAACAGUGUAGCGACGGUUUAAGUGAAGUCGUAAUCCACACACACAAGUCCUUGUGGACGUCUACUUCCUGUGGUGGCAAACCAUUUGGGUGGUAAACCCUGCAGUUCAAAGAUCGGAUUCCGCCGACGCGCAGAAUCUUGCGCUUAGUCACAUUAAGUGACAAAAGCCAGUCCUGUGACCAUUUCUCGAGCUGGUUCAAGUUUACCUGUAAAUACUCCUCCCAAAAUUUAGUUUGGAAGACGCUCCAAAGCUUGGCAUCAUUGGCAAACAUGGCGACGUCACAAUCCAGUUUACCGGCGUAGUCGUUGACGUAUAUAAUGAACAGUGUGGGAGCAGAAACAGAACAUUGAGGAACAUCGCUUUCAACCAGUACCUCCAUCGACUGCCUGCCACCGGCAUGGACAACUUGAGAACCGCCGAUUAAGAGGCUUCGAAUCCGCCCCAUGAGAUUACCGCUAAUGUUCCUGGCAUGUGUUCAUAGGUCAAGACCAUGACCACGCUGCAAGACAAAUGUACCUGAAAAUCGCACCUUUACUAAUGAUUAAACUCAGAGUUAACGGCCGACAUCAUGAGACUUAAAACAAUAAAACUUCAGUUGGUAAACUAAAAUGGGACAUAUGUUCUUCCAUCAUUUGUGCGUUCUUGAAGUUCCACAUUUAAUGGAGUGAUUUUCGACGUAUACCUUCGCGAAAUUUCAAGCCGAGUAUCUGCUACCAAUGUCGAGACGUGAAAUACAUUGACUUUCGAGUAUAAGAGGAUCAUCUCGCAUUGCCCUGCGAUAACUCCAUUUGAUAGCGUGUUUGAAUUGGGUGCAAGGGAUUAUUAAAUAGCUUCCCCAGCGGUAGGAACAUGAGCAUUGGCCUGUACACAAAAGAUACUGUUGGCAGUCUGUCACUCAGUAGGCCUUUAUCGUCUUACUGUAGAAAAUUGGCAGGCACGCCAUUCUCUUCUGUGUUUUCGCAGUCUUCUAUCCGGCCGUUUAUCCUUCGGUUGGUCAUCACCAUAUUCAUGUCUACUUUAAUGGUAACCGCAUAGUCGGUACCUGUUCGGACAACGCCAAUGUAUAGGCGUAGAGUCGGUCCACAAACGUGCGUCGCCUGCCCUUAGCAGCAACGCAAGACAAUCGCAGGCGUUUAGUUCGUAAGAGAGACUCGUUUUGGAGUCACUCUGCUCAGAUCGACCCUACACCGCGUUAAAUGCUUCUCCUAGUGGACCUGACUUCGUGUCUUUCUGCUUCUUUUGUGACUCGAAAUCCUGGGUCGUCAAGUAACAAUCACGAAGGGAUAGAACCAUGCGCUAAGAAGACUUCUGCCUAUAACUCCUCCUUACAUUCUAUUUUCAAUAUUAUACCAAGUUACACACAUUAUAUGACGCGUGGUUAUGUAAAGGUCACACAAGUUAGGCAGAUGAGCUUUGAUAUUACCUAUUUAACUAAAUUACUACAGGCGAGAUCUCAUUUCGUAGCCGUACCUAUAGGGGUUAGGAGUUGAAGUUAGGGGUUAGGGUUAGGGGUUCGGGAUUAGGGAUCGGGGUCAGGAGUUAGGGUUAGGGGUCAGGCUGAGGCUUGUUUACUGCAGGUACGGCUACGAGGUAAGAUCCGACCUUACUACAUAUUCCGAUAUGCAACCUGCUGAUUUCCUUACUAUCAUAUGACCCAUGCAAUAUUUCACAAUACCUACCGGUUCAUAGAGCCGAAGUCGUCUAUUUAUGGGAAUAUAUCUGAAAAGGUUACAUAUUUGUCUAACCGCCGUCUUAUGAAUUUUCGGACAAUUCUUACUUGUGACUUUUUAAGGGCCUCUCAGUCUUUACGUGUCGAAAUUGAUGCAUCACCACAUUUUACACCACCAGUUUUCCGUCAGUGUUAGAUACAACCUAAAAGUCUCAGGCGUAAAGUCAUGAAUGCCUCGUCUGAAUUCGUUCCUCGUCAUAAUAUCCAACUUUUGGAAUAUCCAUAUUAAAAAAGCAAGGACUCGUACUUACAACGGAAAGCACUUAUCUACCUUCCCAUGUCUCGGACUUCAAACUGAUAAUUUUCUCGGGAAACUUGGUGAAUGAUCUCACAUCUCCGUUUUCUCUUGUCCUACCCCCAUUAAAUUGGACCCGACUUUCAUUCGGAAAUUUUAAAAGGACAUCUUAGCUGUAUAUGUAGUCUUAAAGGAUGAGAAGACUGCUCCUCUCACCUUCAAAACCGUUGGUUGACAAUUUACCAUGCUCAGAACGUGGGGUAGACGCAUUUUCAUUCGUUACUUCCUUUUCGCCCGAGCUUACCAGGAAAUUAUUCGUAUGUUAUUUAUUUCACUCGCUUAGCAAAAGCUUCAAAACGGUGAACUUGUUCUGUCAUCUGCUUUCAGUGACAAUAGAAUCUCCCCGGAAGGUGCGGUUCUCCUUGGUAAGGGCCUCCAGGUCAACGCAUCCCUCAAAACUCUGAAGGCAGGUGUCUAUAGCUACUGAUAUAGUUUAGUAGAUCUUAUCUUUUCAUCUAUUUUACUCAUAUCAUGCCUAAGGUCAGCCAGAUACACGCACAAUCCACCCGUGUUUGACACUGGAAGACCGCCUUUACUGAAGCCAAGAACACAUUAAAAGUGUAGAACUUCUGCAAGCCAGGCUUGGAAGUACUGUAGUGGACAAGGCUUUGGGAACCUGGCUUUUCUUAUUCCCUAGCUUUCAGCCUGUUCGUAACUGAAAAUUUAGGUCCCUGCGACAGACCUCGGCAAUUACCUUGGCCAAAACUAAACACGAAGUUCAUCCUUUAUUGAACUAAUCUUUUUAACAUCUUUAUUUAUGGGCCUCUACAAUUACAAUGGUCCUUUUUGAUUUUUGGAGAUCAACGACCUCUGAUUCUUACUGCUGCCGUUGAGAUGAGUGGGCUUUUUCGUAUUCGUUCAGGUAAAUGUUAAUGAACGGGGGUUAGUGUACACUUAACCACAAUCGCACUGAUAGAUAUCCGUCUGUAUCAUUAUCACUUGGUUAGAUGCACCUGGGGCACUUCGACUAUAAUUUUUCCUGGUAAAACGAAACAGUCGACAAAGACUGUGGCCUGGAAGCUGGAGGACAAAUUACCGAAGCUAGAAGAACAUGGGAUGGAAACAUAUUCUUAUUUUUGGUAGCUUAUGUUUAUUCAGAAGAAUCAGAGUCAACCCUGAUUCACUGAAGACUUUAUGCUUGCAGAAAAGUAGUCUCGAAUGCGACUACCCUUGGUUGCUGUUCUCUGGUGACGUCCGACCUGCCUUUGCACUUUUACUGUUAUAAACGGUCACAAAAUAAAGCUUCUUCGUAUUUUUGGGUACAGCUCGUCAGGUCUCUUCUAAAAAUUGCAUCUGAAGUAUGUUGUUUGAUAUGGCCUGGAAUAAGACCGUUUGGAGACAAGGAGAUUUUAAAAAACUAAUUUUCUUACUGGAAGGCGCGUGACGCUCUGCUUGAAGGCUCUAUUUUUCUAGCUUACCUGUGAAAAGGGUUUGAUUACACAAGGCUAUCAUUACGUUCCUAGUCGUCAAACCGUCUGGGUUUGUGACGGAUGUUGUUCAGCAUAUAAGAGUCACCUCCCCCGACGAACGACGUGACCGAAUUCCUUUCUUUCACAGAUGGAUCGAAAUCCCCUGCAGUCUGCUGGUUGCUAUGUCAUUCUUAACUUCAUCAUUAAGAAUCCCAACAAGACUUUGAAAGUACUGACCUUUGAGGUAAGUAUUUACGCAUACGUAUUAUGCAUCCUUUUCAGUUUUCACCUGCAUUGCUAUGUUUUAAGUCCGCUUUUAUCCAUGUAUCAUUGUUAUUCGGAUGCUCCAGAUAUGCAGUUUCAAUGCAUCUCCGCUAGUUGGCGCAACAUUAAGAACCAAUCAAUUUUUUUUAAAUUAACGCUAUAUAAAUUAGUUUGGUUGUCCUGUUCCAAGUGAGUGCAAAUCUACUGUCAACUCAGGCUACUUUUUGAAACUCCCUAUAUUGAAUAUUUUUCGGCAAUUAUUACAUGUUACUCCCACUCCUUCCCACCCCAGAUCGUUUAACUAAAGGAUGCUUCCUGGCUCAGGUUCAUUAGCCUUCAGUAAUUACAAAGCGUAAAGCUGUCCACCCUAUACUGUUUAAAUCGAUCAUUUCUCGGGUAUUCGUUUUCUCCGGCCAAAGUAGGUUUUCGGUAACAUUAAAAUGUCUUUUUAUCACCAGAGCACCUGGGAAGUAGGGAACAUGCAUAACUAUGAACUAUCUGUCGUGAGAUGGACUCGAAAUGCCGACUCCUGAAUUAGCUACGAGCAGUCUAUCUACUCAGAAACCACAGACACCUGAUCCCUAUAAGAAGUGGUCGAUGUUCCCCUUUUUAUGAUUUACAAAAUAAACUCAUUGUUAGGCUGAACGACUGUUCUGUUGGAAUUGUAAUGCAAACUUCCCAUACACAGAAGACUGACGGAAGUAUCUGAUAAUGCAAAUGACCCUUAAUAUGGUAAUUUAUACUAACUGGGACACUUAAUAUGAGGGCCAACUUUAGAAAGCGAGGAAUCCAAAAACAGAAAAUGUCUGCUGUGGUACGGAUUCGAACUGCAGCUUAGCCCUUUCCCAGAAUAUUCGUCUAGACUUUAAGAAUAGGCUCAUCUUGAGAGCCACGGAGAACAACUUGUUAAUUAUUUCGCCCAUCUGAUAGGGUUUUCAAAGGCAUUGCCUAUGACCCUUAAAAAUAUACUGACAUAGUAGUGACCGUUCAAGCGUAGAGCACCCCAAAACAACUUUAGAGAACCAGUUGUCCGAUUCCGAGUCGCAGCGAACAUUUCAUAAAUGUGCAAGUUAAUUUGUUCGCAUUAUCUGUCUAGAUGAAAAAAGUAUUCUUGUUCAUAAAUUUUCAGACUACCUAGAGUACCAAAUGCAUUUUAGGACUGCGUAACUUUAAUAGUAAUUAUGUGGGAGGAGCUACCAGCUACUUCAUUUGAAGUUAGCUGCAGGAGGAGGGUACAUGGGCCAUAACACAUGGGCCAUUUACACAUUUUCCUACGCAAACAGAACAUUUAAAAAGUACUCACUGGCUACAGAUAAAAGAGCCCAAUAUGCCGGACAUUACUUAGGUAUCAUCAGAACGUGACUUUGCUGGUGAAGGAAAAAGAAGACAGAUAUUCUGUUAGCUGACCGAAUUCAUGACUGUCCGUGGACUCUCCUCGUUUUAUUUUGACCACGUCAUCCGCGCAACACUCCCUGAGCAACGGUAGUCAAUGGUUUUCAGUUUGUCUCCCCUUUCAUGUUCUGUGGUACUAAGCGCAGGUGUGCACGAAACCCCAAUAUUUCAAGACGAAAUUAACGAACUCGCGUUGGUAAUUAGUGUUAAUAAUUAUUGAUUCAGCAGCGGUCCCCGUAAAUGAACUGGUGGGGGACCGCCGCUUCCUCCGAGGAGCGGUGGUGACUUACGCGCGCUUUCGGUUUCUCUCUCUCUCGAUCAUUAUCUCCUCUCCCUCCACACCCAUCAGGCGCUAGUGAAGCAAGGUUAAAACAACCUGAGGGAGGUCUAACGACUUGACGUCAGAAUUCCACUUACUCGUGCCAGGUACGCGCUGACCUCCCAACUCACGCGAACCAGAAGUAGUUCACCCGGAUAUUGUAUCCGUGACAAUUUCCACAAAAAAUGAACGAAUAAGCGGACAUUGCAGCCUGGCUGUCAGUCUCGAGGAUCGACUUAACUCGCCAGUUGGCAGCAUUCUAAGUCCUGACCCUGAUAGCUCGAAGGCGUGUCGUAAAGGUCAUACUGGACAGGUCUCACCCAUCCCUCGUCAUGUAUCAGUAACGUGCAGCAUACGUGUUUGACUCCAUUUUACUUCUAACUCUAUUCCUCCCUGUCCACGCUGGAGACCCACUAAAUUCUAAAUUCUACCACCACGGGACCGUCAAAUAAAGGAACCCACUUUGGCAGUGAUGGGUCCCUUUUGUUCAGGGUGUGGGUUGGCAUGUCGCAGCAGCUUAAGCCCCUACGACCUGCAGGCUCGGCCCCGAAAAGAAAGAGCAGGAGUCGAACGUCACCUGCGAGGAUAGUGUAUUCUGUACAGAACAACUGGAGAGGGGGCUGGAAAGAGUUGGCAGCCAGACAUGAACAUGCCCGACGCCGGGAGAGCGGCAUCCCGAGUGUGAGCGACGUAUGCGUCACAGCGUCGUAAGCGAGAGCACGUUUACUUCGGCCUUAAAAAUGAUUGGCCAGCUGGAAAGCUGUGAGCCGGCUAAAAUCAAGCUGUUGCUGCACAUGCAAGCGCACGUGUGAAGGGCGCAGCGUUGCAACAGACGCCCGGGGAUGGGGGCGCUACAGACACACAGUUCAAUUCAGAGUGGACAAGCUCACUCGGCAGAAAUUUUCUGCCCAAAAAGUUUCCCAUUGCGUGCUCGUGGAAACCCCAUUUGAACGAGUUAAGACCUUUCCCCUCUAACUGAGCUAUAGCGAUACAUCAGCUGGCUUCAUUUAGCUUUUUACAGUCCAAUCACAGACCACUUUUAUAUUUUAAGUUCUUUGCCACAUCCUAGCGGAUUUGCCAUCUUCCAGUGCUCCUCUUCUCUCUGUCCAGGACAUUGAAGUCAAUGAAAGCUUCAGACUGCUCGAGGGCCAAGCCCUCACUGCGCUGCCAGAUCUUACCAUCGUUUACGGUCCCAAGAGUAGGAACAAGGAACUUUCGUGGUACUCUCUCUCAUUCUACGUGCGGGAUCCGUCUGAGCCGCGAAAAUACACGACGGUGAUAAAAAAAAUUGGCCGCAUGUUCCAUAAGGAUUUCAAGCCCUUCCUCUUGCGAGCUGACGAGGACAAUGACAUGA